GUAGCCGCAUCGUACUCGGUAUCCGGGACAAGGGACUGCAAAAGAAGUUAUUUUCUGAAAACCCCUCUUACCAAAGAGUAGUCGAAAUCGGUCGCAUCCAAGAGCAAGGCGAGGAGCAGUUUCGACAGAUACGUGGCACCACUGAAGGCGCUGAAACUGCUGCCGUAAAUGCGUUGGCCAGAGUAACAAAGCCAUGUAACAAAUGUGGCUACAAAGUUCACCGCGGCAGCCGCUGCCCAGCAACAGGAAAAGCGUGGAAGAAAUGCGGAGGAUUGAAUCAUUUCGCCCAAGCAUGCUCGCAGUCAUCCUUCUUGCACAGCGAAGAGGCAAAGCGCAGGGAAAUACGAGAGCUACAUGUUGACGAAAGGUCAGAUUUUUUUCUGGAAGCUUUAACCGUGAACGCACUCGCUAGCGACCAGUGAACCGCGACAGUUUCCAUUGAAGGCCGUCUGAUGGUCUGCAAACUUGAUACUGGGGCAAACUGUUGUGUGAUUUUAAAGGAAGAUGUUUUGUCGCUUCCGAGAAAGACGUGAAGCCUGCCGAGCCACGUUAACGAGUUUUUUUCGGCCACAAAACGACUGCGCAGUUUAAAGUAAAGUUGUCGCUAUCUGUAAACGAUAAACAGCACGAUGAAACCUUCUUCGUCAUAGAGCAAAACGUGCCGGUGACCCUCAGCGGAGCAGCAGCAGAAAGCCUUGGCUUGAUUUAUCGCGUUGAUAGCGUCGAGACGCAGCAACUCUACCCGGCGGCUCAGCCCUUCACCGAUGUUUUCACAGGAUUGGGACAGCUGAAGAAUUUUGAGUACGAAAUGAAGCUCAAACCCGGCGCCGUCGGUGUUGUUGUGCCAGCCAGAAGGGUUCCGGUCGCCAUUGAAGAAAAAGUAAAGGCCGAACUUCAACGCAUGGAGGAGCACAACGUCAUAACCAAGGAGCAAGUUCGCUACUUGGGACACGUUUUCACCACGCAAGGACUGAGCCUGGGACCCGAUCGCGUCCAAGCCAUUUUGGACAUGCCAGCGCCAAGUAACAGUAAGGAAUGGAAAGUCUUCCUCUGAACGAUGAAUUACGUGCAGCGCUUCAUUCCUCGAAUGUCUGUACUCACCGCACCACUUAGAACAUUGCUGCGCAAAGAGAUUGCCUGGGUCUGGACAGAAAAAGAGGAAUGCAGCUUCAAUGAGCUGCGCCAAGCCUUAGUAACAGCGCCAGUGCUUGCUUACUUCGAUCCGAAAAAGCCAGUCACCCUCUCUGUUGACGCCAGCCACAUGGGCGUUGGCGCCGUUCUGAUACAAGACGGCCACCCUAUCGCUUUCUCGUCUAGAUCGCUCAGCGAUGCUCAGACGCGGUACGCGCAGAUUGAAAAGGAAGCUCUGGCGAUUGUGCAUGGCUGUGAAAAAUUUCACGACCAUAUUUUCGGCCAAUCUGAGGUUACGGUGGAAACCGACCAUCGUCCGUUGGUGCCAAUUUUCAGUAAACCACUUCACCAGUGCCCCCUUAGACUGCAACGAAUGCGACUGACAUUGCAGCGAUACGCCAUUAUUCUACUGUAAAAGCCAGGAAAAGAGCAGUUUUUGGCUGAUGCGCUCUCUCGUUUUCCAAGCAAGGCGUUAUUGACGGAAGAAACCGAGCGCUUCAAUGUUAACGUCAUUGCCCUUGUUCCAGCUUCCGAGCGUCGCCUCGAGGAACUACGUGUGGCAACCGCCAAGGAUCCUGCUCUGUCGGCCAUCCGAUCCUAUGCAGAGACUGACUGGCCGGAAAGCAAAGAGGACGUCCCAGCAUGUGCCAGGCCACUUUGGGCAUAUCGAGAAGAGAUGCAUACACAAGAUGGCCUCGUCUUUCGCAGCAACAAGAAGCUGAUGGGUCGACAGACGAGAACACUGCUCCCGGUUCCUUCCUGCCACCUGAAGCCGGCACCAUUGCCCAAAAGGAAGGUGCACUCCCGUCUCCAGGAGAUUCGCCACAAGCAGAAGGUCUACUACAAUCGAGGUGCUUGGGACCUGCGCGCCCUCUCACCGGGUCAGAGGGCCUCGUUGUACGACACGCACACACGGACGUGGUCCCCGGUCGUUGUGCUGGGAUCAGCGGGAGCUCCACGCUCUGUACUGGUAAAAACAGAAGAUGGCCGAGAAAUGCGACGCACACGGGAACGUCUCCGGGAGGUUCCAGAGCUACCAUGCCCCGACACUACCACAACACCUUCCUCAGGCUUGCCAGGCUCGGGUCACGUUCCAGAGCCGCCACUACCACGGAUAAGCACUCGGGAACGUCGCGAGCCUCGUCGGUACCCCAUGCCAGAGCGACCUAUAUUGCCCCAAGGAAAGGAAGAUGUAACCGAGUUGGCACGGCCGCGAUAGCGAGCGCAAGCUGUCGCUCCUACGUAAGCGUGACGUCACCCGCCUGGCCUACUUAAACUCGUCACUAUAGGCAAUAAAAGGGCUGUUCGACCCAUGA